AUGUCGGAGGGGCGCGCGGACGCCGUGGUAGCCAGAAGUUCCCCGGCGGCGCGGCGGCAUGGUGACGUGGUUGCGGCGAGGCGAGAAACGAGGCAGAGGGGCGCGUGGCGAGGCGAGGGGGCGACUGAUUCGGACUGGCGGAACGGUAGUGAUGACCGUGAUAAGGGGAAAAGUGUUGUUGAGGCUGAAACCUCACGGUCUCUGGACUUGAGGAACUUGGAUGCUUAUGGCUCAUCCAUUUUGGUAACUCAGAGUGAUGGUGAUGACCGUGAUAAGGGGAGAAGUGAUGGUGUGGAUGAACCCUCACGGGCUCUGAAGUUGAGGAACUUAUAUGCUCCUGGCCCAUCCUCGCUGGGUUCUAAUGGGUGGGCCAAUGGGGAAGCAUCAUCUACUUCUGUAGUCGAGGGAUAUGUGGCAAUGGGUUUCCCAAAAGAAAUGGUCGUGACAAGCAUAAAGGAGAUUGGGCAUAGUGACGAAGAUGCAUUGCUUGAACUACUGUUGACAUAUAAGGCACUAGGUGAUGAAGAUUCAUUGGGUAACAACUCUACUUCUGAUUACGCCCUCCAUAGUGUUGAAGAUGGUGAUGGUGUGUAUUUUGAGAGCUCGGAUGGUGAUGAUGAUGCUGGUGAUACAGAGCCCACCUUUGGUGAUUAUAGUGAUGAGGAUUUUCUAAGAGAGAUGUCAGAGAAGGACGAGAAGAUCAACUCAUUAGUAGAUAUGGGAUUUUCUGAAGAUGAAGCUAAUAUGGCUAUUACAAGAUGUGGUGUUGAUGGUGACCUCUCUAUAUUAAUUGAUUCGAUUAGUGCAUCACGGGUUGCAGGAACUUUGGAUUUAUCUAACCACCAGGUUACGAAUAGAUUCUUCGAUUGCUUUGGAGGGAGAAAGAAAGCAAGGUUACUGGAAGAGAGGAAGAAAAAAAGGAAGCGAUAUGGAGGUACAACACAGGGCAAUCAACCCUCUUUGGAUUGCAACCAUGAUGAACAUAUGCUUAUUCCAAAUCCAAUGGUUGGAUUUAACCUGCCCAAUUAUAGCCCACCAUCAAUUAGGGUGACCAGAAGGAUUCUUGAACAAGAUAUUGGACCACCUUAUUUCUACUAUGAAAAUGUGGCUAGAGCUCUCAAUGCUGCAAGGAAAAGAGGCUAUAUACAUAAUUUGCCGAUUGACAACAGAGCACCCCUUCUUCCUUUGCCUCCAAAGACCAUAUUUGAGGCAUUCCCCCGUUACAAGAAGUGGUGGCCUUCCUGGGACCGGAGAACACAGUUCAACUGCCUGCUAACAAGUGUCGCAUCUGCGACGGUAACAGAACGGAUCCAGCAUGCUCUUGAAAGCACGGGCAAUCCACCACCUCCAAGUGUUACAGAACGUAUCAUGGCUGAGUGCAAAAGGUACAAUCUUGUCUGGGUUGGAAAAAACAAAGCUGCUGCAUUGGAGCCUAAAGAGAUAGAGUAUCUACUCGGUUUCCCCAAGGACCACACAAGGGGAGUCUGCGACACAAAUAGAUACAAAUCACUGGGGAACACAUUCCAUGUGGAUACUGUUGCUUACCACUUGUCAGUGUUGAAGGGCAUGUUUCCCAAUGGUGUUAACGUGUUGUCCUUAUUCACUGGUAUUGGAGGAGGAGAGGUAGCUUUGCACAGGUUGGGAAUCAACAUGAGGACAGUGGUUUCUGUUGAGAUAGACAAAGCUAGUAAGAGGAUUUUCAGGGAUUGGUGGGAUCAGACUCAAACAGGCACACUGAUUGAGAUUGAUGACGUGAAAUCUCUUACUAAUGAUGAAGUUGCACAAUUCGUUACUAGACUUGGCGGCUUCGACUUGGUGAUUGGGGGCAGCCCAUGUAACAAUCUUGCCGGGUGCAACCGAUACACUCGUAAUGGCUUGAAUGGCGAGAAAUCUGUUUUGUUCUACGAGUACGUCCGAAUCUUGAAUGUUGUCAAGUCGGCUAUGGCGAGAAAGUAG